AUGGGCGAACAAGCAGAAGAUCCCUUGGACGGCCUCGAGGAGCGCCUCCAAAGCCACGCCAAGGCCUUCGAGUCUCUACUUGCCUUGACACCGGCACGCGAUCACUACGGGAGCCAGAUUGAUGAUGGUCACGAUCCCAGCGAGCAAUGGAGCCGCAAAAAGCAAACCAAAGAGCAAAAAAAGGCCGCGAAGAAAGCCAAGCUCGAUCCGGCCAACCAGAAAAGCGCACUGGAUGUGAUGAAGGAGCGUGAAAAUAAGCGCAAGCGGGAGCUAGGCAUUGCAGAUGAGGAGCAGGACAAUGACGGCGCUUUAGAAGAUGUCGCGAGUAAUAAGAGGCAAAAGAAGGAGCCUGCUGAAGAUGAAGAGACGAAGCGCAAGCGAAUGGCAGAGAAGAGGAAAGAGAAGCGACAGGCCAAGAAUGAGAAGAAGAAGACUCUGCUGGCGAAGAAAGAGGCGAAGAAGGCUGCCAAACAGGACAGAGAUCUUGGAGAAGUGGUGGCCGAGAGAGAGCAAGCUGUGGCCGGUGCUGAAGAAGAGGAGAACGACGAAGACGACGAUGAGCCGGGGCAAGCGAAUGACACCGCCGACAUGGAUAAGCUGGACUUCUCUGGGCUUGCAGAUUCUGACGAAGAGGAAGACCACGAAGAAGAUGAGGAUGAGGCCGCAGAAGCGUCGUCUGCGCCAACCAGUCCGGUAGUGCUCAGCCCUGCCUUUGACACCUCCACAAACCAUUCCGAAGCAUCCUCAUCAUCCUCCAUUCAUCCGCCAUCAACCUCAGACGAAUCCAAGGAACUGACACGAAAACAGCCAUCAUCAUCGUCAUCAACCAAGCCGCAGCUCAAGCUCGACCUGUCCGAGAAAUCCAAAGCCAGCUCCACCUCGCAAAAAUCACUACCUGACUUCGCCGACCCUGCAUCUGGAACCUCGUCACCCAAGAUUCAGCUACCUGACGUCGACCCAGCUGAGCUUCAGGAGCGACUACGAAAGCGGAUUGAAGAGCUACGAGCACGACGAAAGGCCGACGGUGGUGAAGGCAAGCCGGCAAAGAGCCGACAAGAGCUUCUCGAGCAGAGGCGAAAGAAGGAAGAGCAACGGAAAGCACACAAGAAAGAGCUGAGGCGGCAAGCCAAGGAAGAGGAGGCAAGGAAGAGAGAUGAGCAGCUACGUGGAUCUGGAAGUCCACUUUCCACCGAGAUCUUUAACCGAAACUCGCCCCGACCACAAGACAACAACUUCAGCUUCAGCAGACUCGCGUUCGAAGAUGGCACUGCAGCCGAUGCUUCUUUGACCGAGCUGCAAGACCCGAGGAAGCGCAAAGGACCGCAAGAUCCACGUACGGCUUUGGAGGCGGCGGAGAAGAAGCAAUCUCGAUUGGCAGGUCUUGAUGCUGAAAAGCGGGCGGACAUCGCUGAGAAGGACAUGUGGUUGAAUGCGAAGAAGCGUGCUCACGGUGAGCGAGUAAGAGAUGAUACCAGCCUGCUGAAGAAGGCUUUGAAGCGCAAGGAGAAGCAGAAGACCAAGUCCGAGAAGGAAUGGAAUGAGCGUAAAGAAGCGGUUGUGAAGGGCAAGGAGGCCAAGCAGAAGAAGCGCGAGACCAACCUGCAAAAGAGGCGAGAGGAAAAGGGACAGAAGGGAAAGAAGAAGUCUCAGGGCAAAGGCAAGAAGAAGGCGAGACCUGGGUUUGAGGGCAGGUUUAAGGCUUAA